CCCGAACUCCUCCUCCCCGGCUCCCCCCUCUGCCUGUAUUUCCAGCGCUGUCCAGGGCUCGGUGCUGUUGUCUCUCUCACUGUCUGAUUGAGCCCAGGCUGUGCGGGGGCUCCCUGCGGGAUCAGAGCGCUCCCCCGCCGGGACUCCACUCCUCACAUCCCCCUGCUGGGACUCCGCUCCAUCCCCAGCCCAGCCUGGCUUUAUUAUGUGUGUCUGCAGUGCAGCCCCAGCAGCAGCAGCAGCAGCGAGAGCAGGAGGGGAGAGAGCCGGGACACAGAGCAGCCAGCCGGCCGGGCGGAAUGAGAUAGGGAACCGGGGCGGCAGCGGCGGAUUUACCGCGGCGCAUGGGGGCAGCUAGCGGCGCCGGAGCACGGGAUACACCGGCUACACCGCCAACCGGAGGCGCACUCAGCGGCGGCGGCACCCAGGCAGGGGGCAGAGAGAGGAAGUACCCCUAGCCACAGACUAGGAGGAAGAAAUACCCCCAGAGCGAGAUAAGGGGGUAAUAGUAUUAGCCCCGGGGCAGGGGCACCGAUCCAGCCGGCAGAUAGAGACACGGGGUGUGAGAGCAUCACUUUACCCUCGGCCAGAAGGGGUAUUGGGGAGGAGAGGGGGCAAAUAGUGGCAAGUCCUGCCUAGGGCUGUGGAGAAGGGGCAAGUCAGUGGUGUGCGGCGGGCAGGGGCAAACAGGACGGGUAAUACUAUCAGUAUAGGGGAUUGCACAGAGCAUUACCCGCUCUCCCAGGCAGGGUACAGAGCAGCACAGCCUUGUUAUUACCCAGCACCAGGUACAUCGCCAUGGCCAGGCUGGGAUAAAGGGCAGAUCGCUACAUAGUAUCGCAGAGGAGGGGGCUGCACAGUAUUAGCAGAAGUAUUACAUAGGGUAUAGGGACAGCACAGGGUUCCUGCAGCCCCAGCGCCCAGCAUAGUGUCCUUUGUGCUACAACACCGGACUCUAGAGGUAGGCAUAGCAUUAUCUACCCCCAGCUGCUGCCAGGGGCAUUAUCCUCUGCCGGGGUCCAGAAAAAACACACAGCCACUAGCUGGUAAACAGUGUAAUUGAAUUAGCACCCUCCCCACCCCCCAGGCUGUAGAAUUUCUCCUAAUUUUCCCGCAGCACUGGUGUGUGACUACCCGUAGGGCUUGGGGUGGGGGGGCAUUUAGUGCUCCUCCCUCCUCCAACCCCCCACUGCACCCAAGGGAGUCAGAAUCCCACACACACAAUAGGAACUUUAGCACAAUAAGUGAAAGAGAGGGAGAGGUGGGGGGGAGAGUUUGCAACAGGGACCCGACAGCAGGGAGACUGCGAGACGGAACCCGGAGGAACUCUGCUGGCUGCUCACAUUAGGACUUUUAUAAGGGAGAGUUUAAAGGAGCCGUGGAAAUGUCCAGGAGGAAACAGGCCAAGCCACGCUCGGUGAAAGUGGAAGAUUCUGAUGACUUCAGCUUGAGCUGGGAUUCGUCACUGAACCAAUCAGGGGGCCCUGGAAGGGAGGCAGAGAGAGAGGGACAAGGUUUGGAAGAUGGUAACAGCGUGACCAGCCAGGAAGAGAGGAUUGAGGAAGAGGAGCUGGAGGAUGAGUCAAUUUACACCUGCGUUAACUGCCAGCAGGAUUUCGAUUCCUUGGCCGAGCUGACGGAGCACCGGACUCAGCACUGCCUCGGAGAUGGUGAUGACGACCCACAAUUCUCCUGGGUGGCUUCAUCUCCCUCCAGCAAAGACGUUGCAUCACCCACUCAGAUGAUAGGGGAUGGGUGUGAUCUCGGCAUAGGAGAAGAGGAAGGGGGAUCUGGGUUACCGUAUCCCUGCCAGUUCUGUGAUAAGUCUUUCAGUCGCCUGAGCUACCUGAAAAGGCACGAACAGAUCCACAGCGACAAACUUCCCUUUAAAUGCACAUACUGCAGUCGCCUGUUUAAGCACAAGAGAAGUAGGGACCGCCACAUAAAACUCCACACCGGAGAUAAAAAGUAUCAUUGCCACGAAUGCGAGGCUGCCUUCUCCCGCAGCGAUCACCUUAAAAUCCACUUGAAAACCCACAGUUCUAGCAAGCCUUUCAAAUGCACAGUGUGCAAGCGUGGAUUUUCCUCCACUAGCUCUCUGCAGAGUCACAUGCAGGCUCACAAGAAAAACAAGGAACAUUUGUCCAAGUCCGACAAAGACAUGAAGAAGGACGACUUUAUGUGCGACUACUGCGAGGAGACCUUUAGCCAGACAGAGGAGCUGGAGAAACAUGUGAUGACGAGACACCCUCAACUCUCCGAAAAAGCCGACCUGCAGUGUAUUCAUUGCCCUGAAGUAUUUGCGGAUGAAACCUGUCUGCUCACCCACAUUGACCAAGUCCAUGCCAACAAGAAGCAUAAAUGCCCCAUGUGUCCAGAGCAGUUCUCUUCCGUGGAAGAAGUCUACUGUCACUUAGAUAGUCACAGACAGCCGGACUCAAGCAACCACAGCAUUAGCCCAGAUCCAGUUCUAGGAAGUGUGGCAUCCAUGAGCAGUGCCACACCAGACUCCAGUGCAUCGGUUGAACGGGGUUCCACUCCGGAUUCAACACUCAAGCCGUUAAGAGUGCAUAAGAAAAUGUUAUCGUUGGAAAGGGAGGAUGGCCAGAACUGGUCCAAAGUUACUUAUAGUUGUCCGUACUGCACAAAGAGAGAUUUCAACAGCUUGGCAGUCCUAGAGAUUCACCUUAAAACUAUUCAUGUGGACAAGCCUCAGCAGAGCCACACCUGUCAAAUCUGUUUGGAUAUUCUACCAACCCUGUAUAAUCUUAAUGAGCAUGUGAGAAAGGUCCAUAAAAACCAUGCAUACCCGAUGGUCCAGUUCAAUAACAUUACUGCCUUCCAUUGUAAUUAUUGCCCUGAGAUGUUUGCUGACAUUAACAGCCUGCAAGAGCACAUUCGCAUUACCCAUUGCGGCCCUAAUGCUACCCCUCAGGAGGGCAAUAAUGCUUUCUUCUGCAACCAGUGUUCUAUGGGAUUCCUUACGGAGUCCUCGUUGACUGAGCAUAUUCAGCAAACCCAUUGCAAUGUAGGAAGCUCAAAGCUUGAAUCCCCUGUCAUACAGCCAACGCAGUCUUUCAUGGAAGUGUACUCAUGCCCGUAUUGCACAAACUCCCCCAUAUUUGGCUCUAUAUUGAAGCUCACUAAGCAUAUCAAAGAAAACCACAAGAACAUUCCAUUGGCAAACAAUAAGAAGUCAAAAUCUGAGCAGAGUCCGGUUUCUUCAGAUGUUGAAGUCUCUUCCCCUAAAAGGCAGCGGCUGUGUCCUAGCCUAAACCCUGUAUCCAAUGGAGAGUAUCCCUGCAAUCAGUGUGACCUCAAGUUUUCCAAUUUUGACACAUUUCAGACACAUCUAAAGUCACACUUGGAGCUACUGUUAAGAAAGCAGUCUUGCCCUCAGUGCAAAGAGGACUUUGACUCCCAGGAAUCACUUCUGCAGCACCUCACAGUACACUACAUGACAACAUCCACACAUUAUGUGUGUGAGAGCUGUGACAAGCAGUUCUCCUCCGUGGAUGAUCUGCAAAAGCACUUAUUGGACAUGCAUACUUUUGUACUAUAUCAUUGCACGCUUUGCCAAGAAGUCUUUGAUUCUAAAGUUUCCAUCCAAGUGCAUCUGGCAGUAAAGCAUAGCAAUGAGAAGAAAAUGUACCGCUGCACAGCGUGUAACUGGGACUUUAGGAAAGAGGUGGACCUUCAGCUUCAUGUCAAGCACAGCCAUUUGGGCAACCCAGCAAAAUCGCACAAAUGUAUCUUCUGUGGAGAGAACUUCAGCACGGAAGUGGAGCUUCAGUGUCACAUCACAACUCACAGUAAGAAGUACAACUGCAAAUUCUGCAGCAAAGCAUUCCAUGCCAUCAUCCUCCUGGAAAAGCACCUGCGAGAGAAGCACUGCGUGUUUGAUGCCAAUAGCCAAAAUGGCACAGCUAAUGGAAUGAUGCCAACAAGCAAGAAGUCUGAGGCAGCUGAAGUCCCAAGUGUCUUGAUGAAGAACCCUGAGGUUGCAAACAGCCAUGAAGCCAGUGAAGAUGAUGUUGAUGCCUCUGAGCCAAUGUACGGCUGCGAUAUCUGUGGGGCAGCUUACACAAUGGAAGUUCUCCUUCAGAACCAUCGAUUACGAGAUCAUAAUAUCAGACCUGGGGAAGAUGAUGGUUCUAGGAAGAAGGCUGAUUUCAUCAAGGGCAGUCACAAGUGUAAUAUCUGCUCAAGAACUUUCUUCUCUGAGAAUGGACUCCGAGAACACAUGCAGACACACAGAGGUCCAGCAAAACACUACAUGUGCCCCAUUUGUGGGGAACGCUUCCCAUCUCUGUUAACAUUAACUGAACAUAAAGUUACUCACAGCAAAAGUUUGGAUACAGGGACAUGUAGGAUCUGCAAAAUGCCCCUUCAGAGUGAGGAAGACUUUAUUGAACACUGUCAGAUGCACCCAGACCUUAGAAAUUCCCUAACUGGUUUCCGCUGUGUGGUCUGCAUGCAGACUGUCACUUCCACCCUGGAACUUAAAAUUCAUGGGACAUUCCAUAUGCAAAAGCUGUCAGGGAACUCUGCAGCUUCCUCUCCGAAUGGGCAAACACUACAGAAGCUGUACAAGUGUGCCCUGUGCUUAAAAGAAUUCAGAAACAAACAGGAUCUGGUUAAGUUAGAUGUUAAUGGCUUGCCGUAUGGCCUGUGUGCUGGCUGCUUAAGCAGAACCACCAAUGGACAGCCUUCUAACCCAACCUCACAAGAGGUCUGUGAGAGACUGUGCACCAGUCUACGAUGCCCGGAGUGCAAUGUCAAGUUUGAGAAUGCAGAAGAUUUGGAAACUCAUAUUCAGAUUGACCAUAGAGACUUGACACAUGAUGCUAGUGGCCAAAGGAAAGUAGCACAAACAUCUCCACUCCCCAGAAAGAAGACUUAUCAGUGCAUCAAAUGCCAGAUGACCUUUGAGAAUGAGCGAGAGAUUCAAAUUCACGUUGCCAACCACAUGAUAGAGGAAGGAAUCAAUCACGAGUGCAAGCUGUGCAACCAGAUGUUUGACUCUCCGGCUAAGCUUCUGUGUCACCUGAUUGAACACAGCUUUGAAGGAAUGGGAGGAACAUUCAAAUGUCCCGUUUGUUUUACAGUUUUUGUUCAGGCAAAUAAGCUACAACAGCACAUAUUUGCAGUUCAUGGGCAAGAGGACAAAAUCUACGACUGUUCUCAGUGCCCACAGAAGUUCUUCUUUCAGACCGAGCUUCAGAACCACACGUUGAGCCAGCACGCACAGUGAGCCGGUGGCACUACAGGACUUCUCUCUGCAGAAGACUUGACGGAGGCACAGUGGGGAAAACCAUUUGAACAUUACAUCCAAUCAAAGUGUCAUUUGCAACCCAGAUGUAAAACUCUAAUGAUUUGGCCAUGAGGCGCUGCUAUUAUAAGCAGCUGGAAAUGAAUAUUAAUGGGAGAGAUUAAAAGUAUUUCAUGCUCAGUAUUUUUAUUGUUCUGCUUCUUACUAGUGUUCUGUAGAGCUUCUGCUUCCGACUGAAUUUAUAGUGUUAGAAUAAUCAGUUCCAAUGACAUUGUCUUUGGUUGCAUAUUGUAUUAUAUUGAUAGUUCAAUGCUUGAAGUGUUAUUUUUUAUUUUCCUCACCAUUUAAUUGCUAAUUUUUAGUUGUGUGUUUUUAUGUGAUGUGAUGGAUUGGCGGCGGUCUACUCCAUUUUUAUUUUAUUUUUUACUUAAAGAAAAAAAAACGAAUGCUUUGAUUGGAUUUGUCAGUUCACGGAGGACAGUCUAAUGAAUAUAAUCAGCAACUGGAUGGUCUGCUUUAUAAAUGUGACUUUAUCUGAUUUGCAAUAACUAAAGAACAGUUGAAUAAAGGGAAAUAAGUUUAAAACAAAGUCUUGACUUUUAAAA